AUGAUAGUCAUUUACUUAUUUCGGAAACUUAUAUUGGUAAGAUAUUUUUCAACGAUUACAACAUUUAAAAAAAAUGUUCCUAAUCGUCUUGAAAAUUCAAAUAUAUAUCAUUUAGAUGUUGGUACUAUGUAUCCAAAUAUAAUUAUAACAAAUCGUUUACAACCAUUAGCUAUUGUUAAUUCAACAGUAUGUGCACAAUGUAAUUUAAAUCAUCCAAAUGCACGUUGUCAACCUAACAAUAAUAAUAAUAAUACUCCACCAGUUCAUGAAUUACCACAAGAAACUCAAUUAUCAAUUGAACGUAAACGUUUAGCUGAUUAUUGUCGUAAAGCAUAUAAAAAAGUGAAUCAUACACGAGAAGAAACACGAGAAACAACUGUAUGUCAAUGUGAAAAUUCUUCUUAUGUUGAGACAGUUCGUGCAUUUGGUGAUCGAUGUUAUGCAUAUAAAGGUUUACAUAAAAAAUGGAAAACAAAUUUAGGAAAUGCAACAAAAAAAAAUGAUCUUAAUGAAGUUAAAUGUUGUAAUAAUUUAUUUGUUAUUUAUGAUUCAUUACAAUUUGCAUAUAAAUGUAUUCUUAAUUCAUUUUAUGGUUAUGUUAUGCGAAGAGGUGCUCGUUGGCAUCGAACGGAAAUGGGUGGUAUUGUAUGUACAACAGGUUCAAUUAUUAUCAAACGUACUCGAGAACUUAUUGAACAAAUUGAACGACCACCUGAACUUGAUACAGUUUUUGAAGUAAAACGUAAUGGUGAAUUACAAUUAAUAAAAAUAUUUCAAGCAAGUAUUUUUGAAGCAUUUCUUAAAGGAACAACACUUGAAGAAUGUUAUAAUCAUGUUGCAACUAUUGCUGAUUAUUGGCUUGAUAUGUUAUAUUCACAUGCAAAAGAUNCUUGGCGAUGGAUUUUACUAUGGUACUUUUCAAUUUUCUCAGGACAUAUAUCAUCUGACUCGUGA